AUGGAGGAUUUGCUAUGUGGAACGUUGGCUGAAGAAACAACACCUGAAUUAGUUGAGGCGAUUUUUCAGAUUUGUUGGGCAAUUUGGAAGGCAAGGAACGAAUGUAUCUUUCAGGGUAAGUUGCCAAAUCCGAAAACCACGAUCCAAAAGGCUGAGAUGGCAAAUGGGGAUUACUUGCAAGCUGCGUAUAUGGUUGGAAAGGUUGUGGUACCCAAACAAAGGGAUGAUUCGAGUUGGUCCCCGCCUCCUCUUGGGGUUUUAAAAAUUAACGUUGAUGGAGCGUUUUCUUCCUCUCGCGGCAUUGCCGCCUUUGGUGUAAUUGCCAGAGAUAGUAGUGGAACUGCUCAGUUUUGGCGUUAUGGGAAAGUGAAAGUGUCUUCAGCUUGUGCGAUUGAGGCCUGGGCUCUAAGGAUAGCUUGCAAUUCAGUAAUUAAUGCGGAUUAUUCUCAAGUGAUUUUCGAGUCCGAUAGUCAAGUGGUGAUUCAGAGUGUUCAAGGAAGAAUUAACUGUCCAUGGGAAAUCCAUGCUAUGGUGGAAGAUAUCAAGACUUGGGCAAAAGGAAAAAAUUGGUCCUUCAACUGGGCUGAUAGAAGGAAGAACAAGGCUGCUCACUGGUUGGCUUCCUAUAGUAUCAAUAGAUGUUCUCCUAUUCAGUUGGGUUGUAUUCUGCCUGAGUUUGAUUCUGUUUUGUGUAAAGAUUGUAUCUCCUGA